AUGCGCAGAAGGGAGAGGUAUGGUUGAAAACUCGAAGUCCAUCGCGCUCAGCAGAAGAGGAGCAGCACAACUAAAUGUGACUUAUCUGAGCAUCAUCAUCCUCAUCACAUCUGCGCCUCCGGGAGACAAAGAAGAGACGAACUCUGAAGCAGCAAACAACGGGGUCAGAGCCUCCCGGAGUGAUAUGAUAUCAUUAUUAUUUUAUCUCUCGACGUGACGACUGUUUGUCUGCUUCUAAUGUUUCCAACCCACUGAGACCAGGGGGAUUUAUUCCUUCUUUUGUUCUUUGCUUUUUUCAUUGACUAUUAAUAAAAGCAGCCCAAACGAAUAAAUACGGGUCAUUAUGGUUUUGUUUACACUGCAUAAUAGAAGAGGGUUGAAUUGCUUGUGCGCGCAGUUCUUGCUGUGGAUUUUAUGUGCUGUGGACGGUGAGGAGCAGCAAUUCAGUGUGGAGACUUGGCUGCAGAGGUAUGGCUACCUCCCUCCGACCGACCCCAGAAUGUCCGUCCUGCGGUCAGAACAGACCAUGCAGUCUGCUAUCGCUGCCAUGCAGCGUCUCUAUGGCCUUAACGUCACCGGUGAACUGGAUAAGAACACCAUUGACUGGAUGAAGAAGCCACGAUGUGGGGUGCCAGAUCAGUUCGGCGGUGCCUCGAAAUUUAGCGUCCGAAAAAGACGUUACGCUCUCACUGGGCAGAAAUGGCAACACAAACAUAUCACAUACAGUAUAAAAAAUGUCACGCCUAAGGUGGGAGCGGAGGAAACCCACAACGCCAUUCGCCGGGCGUUCGAUGUCUGGCAGAACGUCACGCCGCUGCGUUUCGAGGCAGUGCCCUACAGCGACCUGGAGCGCAACAAGAAAGAUGUGGAUAUUACUAUCAUUUUCGCCUCAGGUUUUCACGGUGAUAGCUCCCCCUUCGAUGGGGAAGGGGGGUUCCUUGCACAUGCCUACUUUCCCGGUCCGGGGAUUGGAGGAGACACACACUUCGAUUCGGAUGAGCCCUGGACUCUGGGGAACCCUAACCAUGAUGGGAAUGACCUCUUCCUGGUGGCAGUACAUGAACUGGGUCACGCGUUAGGCCUGGAGCACUCCAACGACCCCACUGCCAUCAUGGCCCCCUUCUACCAGUACAUGGACACAGAGAACUUCAGACUGCCACAUGAUGAUCUGCAGGGCAUCCAGAAGAUCUACGGACCUCCAGAUAAACUUCAUCAGCCAACGAGACCUCUACCAACCAUCCCACCUGCCCGCUCGCACCCUCCCGUAGAUCCACGCAAAAACGACCGGCAGACACGGCCUCCACGAAUACCGACCGGCGACAAACCACUGCACCCGAAUGCUAAGCCAGACAUCUGUGACGGCGACUUCAACACGUUAGCCAUCCUCAGGAGGGAGAUGUUUGUGUUUAAGGACCACUGGUUUUGGAGGGUCAGAGAUAACGCUGUGAUGCCCGGUUACCCCAUGCUCAUCAACGUCUUCUGGAGGGGUCUGCCACCCAGGAUCGACGCCGUCUAUGAGAACAGCAAGGGCAAAUUUGUUUUCUUCAAAGGCAAGCAGUUCUGGGUGUUCAAGGACACAAUGCUACAGCCUGGUUACCCGCAGGACAUCUCAAUGUUUGGAAAUGGCAUGCCAGCGCAGAGUAUAGAGACAGCCGUCUGGUGGGAGGACGUGGCCAAGACCUACUUCUUCAAAGGAGAUAGGUAUUGGAGAUAUAAUGAAGACUUGAAAAUGAUAGAUCCUGGCUAUCCCAAGUCCAUCACUGUAUGGAAGGGUGUCCCAGAUUCUCCACAAGGAGCAUUUGUUGACAAAGCUAAUGGUUUCACUUACUUCUACAAGGACAAAGAGUACUGGAAGUUCAACAACCACAGGCUGCGGGUGGAGCCCGGCUACCCUCGCUCCAUCCUCAAGGACUUCAUGGGAUGCGACCUCACACCCAUUGACCCUGACAUGCAGCCGACUGAGGACGAGGAUGUUGUGAUUAAACUGGACAGCGAAGCCAGUACGGUCAAAGCCAUCGCCAUCGUCAUUCCCUGCGUCCUGGCGCUCUGCCUGCUGGUGUUGAUCUACACCGUCUUUCAGUUCAAGAGGAAGGGGACGCCCCGACACAUACUGUACUGCAAACGCUCCAUGCAGGAGUGGGUGUGAGUCACACGGCCACAAGACACAGUGGCGUAAACACCCUAAACUUGCGGACUUUGGCUCUAAACCUGUGUCUCGCUCAAGGUGAACAGCGAGGGCCUUUGCUUUGAUUCCCCCCUCUUGGAGACGAGGGGUGCAUUUCCCUCCAAAACUCCCUUCUCUUGUCCCAUUGGCCCCGGUGCACCCGCUGUAGGAGGUUUGCGGGAUUGCAAGGAUCCCACGGUGCAUUGCGCCGUCCAGUGCCACUGUUUGACGUGGAUUUCGCCGAUUGCUAUAACUUUAGGUUUUACAAGUGCAACGCUGAAAAAUGAAAAAAAUUAUGAAAAUGUUGCAGGAGCCUUUUUUUCUUUUCUUUUUUUGUACUUUCUAAAUUUUCGCUUGGAUCCAAUCUAUUUAUGUUCGAACAGUAAUAUUUACAAUUCCCUUUACAGCAUCCCAAACCAAAUAAAGACUCCAAAGAGGCUCUUUUUUCUUCUUUUUACGUUUAUAUAUAUACUUUUUUUUUUUACUCCCCCGCUCUAAAUAUUUUGCAAUGAUAUGUAGUGGGGGACGUUUUGACUGUUGUGGCAGUCUGUCUUAAAAAACAGGGGCCAAAUUAUUCUGCAAUAUUUUUAAUAGCCUUAAUUAUGGAUUGUGUUUGCUUAUGUUUUUGUUUAUUUGUAUGUUUUUAAGCACCGCUUUGUUUGUCCUGUCAGAACAGCAGUGCAAUAUUGCUUUGCUCCCUUUGAGAUCGAUUUUCGUCCUCAUUUUCGCCUGGGGCUGCACUGCAGGGCUGCCCGGCCGCUGGAAAGGGGCGGGACUCCUUAACCUCUGCCUAACAUAUCAGUCGAAACAGACAGACCAAGCCACUGCAACAAUGAAUACUUUAUUGCAUUUUUUUUCUGUCUGACGGUAGAAUUGCAACUGCAAAGGAAGUGCUUGAACAAUUUCUUGUGCUUUACGCUCACUCGUUUGGUCGUAUUUACAUGGACAGUGAUUUGAGAAUUUGUUUUGUCCCUUUUACCAAAAGGUUGUUGUUCGAGCAUGCCAUCUCCUUUGGACUGCCUUGUUUUUAGGUCUGGAUGGGAUCCUAGAACCUUGACAUAUGAAUCAGAACCACCAGAGCAACUCAGGACAGCGCUUGAUUCAAAGUGUAUGCAAGCCUUCACAUCCAGUCCCGUGUCUUUAAUAUUAACCGAGAAGAAAAUCAAGGGUACUGUAUAUCAUGUCACGUUUCACCAUUGCUUUCGAUCGGAUGUUUCUGCAAUUGGAUUGGAUGAUUUUUUUUUAACUUGCAGUUCGGUUCAUGCCUUGCAGUCUGACUCUAGAUCAGUCCUUAGCAUCGAACAGAUGUCCGAACAUGCAGUUAUUUGCUUGCAUUAGCGUUUUUUUAUGUUAGUUUAAUUUUUUUUUUUUUGCACAUUUGAAAUGGCCUCAACCUCAACUUUAAAGUGGUACUUAAAGUGCCAAAGCUGUCAUCUGGCACGUUUCCUUCAGAUGCAAAAAAAAAAAAAAAAAAAAAAAGUAUUUGAUCUGAAGGAAAACAAAUGCGUGUUUUUGGCAAGCAGUGUUUGAAUGUAUGUCUGUAUUGAUGCUAGCAUUUUUUUUCAUUCAUUGUUUUAUGAAGAAAAGUGGAAAAAAAUUCUUCAAAUUCAUGUACUUCAUGACUCGGUUUGGGACGAACUGUCCUGACAGACUUAAUAAAUUAAUCAGUAUAUGAUUAAAAUGCAUUUUAGCGUUUUGUUCAGAUUUACUAUACAUGCAUAUUCAAUCUGGGAAAAUAUAAACAUCUACUCUUUCAACUAACAGAAAUAUCAUGGUAAUACCAAAGUAUUUUAAUGCGGUGAUCAUAUAGUAGUACCAUAGAAUAUAUCAGAACACUGUGGUAUUACCAUGGUACUGCCGCAGUACUUUUCUUCCUUUCUUUGACAAAUUACCAUGACAUUUAAACAUGGUACCAUGAUACUAUUGUGGUAUUUUGAACAUGGCACCAUGGUACUAUGAAAACGUAUUUUAGAAAUUUUACAAUGUUACUGCCAUGGUAUUGAACAUGGUACCAUGGUAUUUUGGACAUUUUACCAUGCCAUUUGAUAAUACCAUGAUACUUCUAUGGUAAUUUGAUCAUUUUACCAUGGGACUGGUAUUUUGAACAUACAGUAGUACCAUGAUUACUGUAUCAUUUACUAUUCUGUACUACCAUGGUAUUUUGGAUAUUUUAUCAUGGCAAUACCAUGGUAUUCUGAUUAUGUACCAUUGUAUUAAGAACAUGUACCAUGUUCUUGGAAAUACCGUGUAAAUGCAAUGACACAUGAAUUCCUGUACCAUGGUAUAUUUUAAAAGUACCAUAGUAUUUCUCUCUAAUGUACCAUGCACAGUACAUUUUGUAAAGGUUCUAUCCUCUCUCUUUCUCACUGUGUAUAUGUGUGUAUGUACGCAUUCACAUGAGUGCAUCUGAACAUUUCCCAGAAUCCCAGCAGAUCAAACCAAAAGAAACGGUAAGAAACGGCGAUCAUUAAAUAAUACAGAAAAUCGAGUAUCAUAAAGGUGGUGUGUAUCCUGUGGUUAUAUUUAGCUAGUAUAAUAAGAAUCAGAGCAUAAAAUAUGAGAUGACGGUGGGCAGAUGCAUUCAAAACUCGCUAAGCGCAAAAGUAAACAGAGACAGCCGGGGCACAUGCACAUUCUGAUUGGCUGUCGGAGCGCUGGCAUGGUGAUUGAGGUCAGGUGGGGCAUCCAAUUGCCAUCUAUGUUCCAAUUCAAAUCUAAAGUAGCUCAGCAAAACUACUGUGGCCAUGGCUAGUGUGAACAUAACGGCUAAGAUGAGAUUAAAGCGGUAAAUGAUCUGUGAAUCACUCUAAACCGACCAGCAAUGUUGCUAAUAGGAUUGUGCAAAAUGAAAUAUUUUCAAAUUCAAGUAUUCGGUGGGUCGUCUGAAUGACUAGUCGACUAGUUAGGGUCAAAUGUAAGGCUAAAAAUGUCUGAUUGCAUGUACACUACCAUUCAAAAGUCUUGGGUUAAGAUUUUUUUAUAAUGUUUAUCACCCAGGUUGCAAUUAUACAAUAAAAAUUACAGUAAAACAGUAUUGUGAAAUAUUAUUACAUUUUAAGGUUUGUAAUUAUUUAAAAUUUUGGAAAAAAAAUAAUAAUUUAAAUUUAUGCAUUUAGCAGUGUAUUCAGGCUAUCAAUUUUUACCUAUCAUGUGUUCUCGGGAAUCGAACCCCAACCUUGCACUUGAUAGCACAAUGCUUUACCAAAUGAGCUACAGGAACUAUUAUUAUAUUAUUACUUAUUAGUUGUUAAAAUAAAUUAUAUUUAAAUAUAUAUUAAAAUGUAAUUUAGUCCUGUGAUGCAAAAAUGAAAGCAGUGUCACAUGAUCCCUCAGAAAUCAUUCUAAUAUGCUGAUUUGAUGCUGAAAAAUCAUUUCUUAUUAUUAUCAAUGCUGAAAACAGUUGUGCUGCUUAAAAUAUUUUUUGUGGAAACCGUGAGAGUUGCAUUCAGAAUUCUUCAGUGAAAAUAAAGUUCAAAACAUUGAAACAAAUUUUUUUUGUGACAUUAUAAAUUACAUUAUACUGUACAGCCAGUUUCUGCCACAGAAUAAAAAUAAAUAAAUAAAAGGUAAUUGCAAUUUCUUAUUUAGAAAUUCUGACUGUUUCUCUCAGAAUUGUGAGAAAUUGUGAGAUAAAAAGUAAAUAAAUAAAUAAAUAAAUAAUAAUUUGACACCAAACUUUUGAAUGGUAGUAUAAAAUAAUAUAUUCACCUGACUAUAACUUUAUUAAAAGUGGUGAAUUAGUUUUUCGAUGCUUUCAGUGGUGAAAUAAAUGCAAUUAAAGAUGCAACUCCUCAGAGAGAGCAUUUCAUCAUGCUGAAAAUUCAAAUUAUCGUGCUAAAACUAAAUGUUCUAAAAUGUUCACUGAGAAGUUGUGUCUAUAAAUUCAUCCCCUUUAAACUGAAACAAAAAUAUUUUAUCUUUAAAAAAAAUCAUGCUAGUUGAUCAUGCUGUGAUAAAAAUGUCAAACGGACGAUCAUGCGGCGCGUGUGUUUAAUUCACUAAGAAGCUGAUCUGUUGUUGUGUGUUUGGUGGAAGAGCAGUGAGUCUGGUCUCUCUCUGAGCGUUUUCUUUCUAACCGACAGAACUUGUGGUGCUAACUGGACCUACACUGGGGAGCUUCAUCCUGUAAUCUUUUGGUGCUGUUAUUAUUUUAGACAUUAUGGAUUUACACUUGAUUUGAUGAUGGUCUGUGCAGGGGUAAUGUAUUCACGCUCAUGUAGCACUAGUCGAAAUGGUGCAUGAAUCCAUAGUUUAGCGUGUUAAAUGCUUCCAUAUAUCUCCUGUGUGUUCUGUGAAGGCCUUAAGCUUCAGUCAGGUGUCAAAGGUCGAGCCGCCCAUUGGCUACAUGUUGGUGCUAGACCCUGAUUCAUGUUUACAGUUUCUGCAGCAAAGAUGUGUUUUUUUUUUUUUUUUUUGGCUUUGCAACAUUUAUUCUCCAGAUUAACGUCAGUUCCUCCGACUCAUUAGCAUCUUUGCUAAUCUCAGUCAUCCUCAUUGUCAUGUGUAUCAUCUUGCCAUCCUGAUUAUGUUAAACGAUUCCAAAUGAAGGAAAGAAACGAAGUCUGAAAAACAUGUUUAUACUUUUUCAUUCUGUCUGUAUCCCUGUAUUUGUGAUGUAUCUGUUGACGAUCCAUUUCAUUGAUCAAUAAACUCAUUUGAACAUA